AUGUCACAAAUUAAAUUAAAAAUUGCAAUGGUAGGUGAUGCAGGAGUUGGUAAAACAUCGCUCAUGGUUAAGUAUGUUGAAGGUAAUUUUGAUGAGGAUUAUAUCCAAACAUUAGGAGUUAAUUGUAUGGAAAAAACAAUUUCAUUAAAAGGAAAAGAAGUAACUUUCAGCGUAUGGGAUUUAGGAGGACAACGUGAGUACAUAACAAUGCUUCCAAUGGUUAUGGAUGGGGCUCGAGUUAUCUUAUUCUUUUUUGAUUUAACUAGGGUUAUGACAUUAAAUAACAUAAAAGAUUGGUACAAAGAAGCUCGUGCACAUAACAACAGUGCAAGUUGUAUUCUUGUUGGAACAAAAUAUGAUUUAUUUGCUGACCUUGAUGCUACUGAAAAAUCAAGAAUAACCGCUACCGCACUUAAAUAUGCUCAAGCAAUGAAAGCUUCUUGUGUUUUUUGUUCUUCUUCUCAAGGAAUUAAUAUUCAAAAUGUAUUCAAAGUAUCUUUGGCAAAAGUUUUUGGAUUAACUUUGAAUGUUCCUCAAACUACAGAAGGUGCUGUUCUGGUUGUGGAUUAA